CCAAAAUGGCACUGUCCAGAAUAACGGCACGCAUCUUAGCAAGAAAUGCACUAAAAUCGCUAGAAAUCAGAACUUUCCAAACAUCUUCGUCUCAGCUAGCGAAGAAAAUACAAGAGCGUGAAGAGAACGGUACUACCAUAAUAGAAGCCAUUUAUGUGGAUUCACCACGAAAGGGCCGUGUUGUAAAAACACAGCACAGCAAUCCAGGAUGCCCGCUUUGCAGACUCGGAAUCACAAAUCUAAAAUACACUGACGUCCUAAUAACUAGUCAGUUCAUGGACUCUAAAGGAAAGCUUCUUCCACAACACGUCACAGGGCUGUGCAAUAAACAACACAAGCAGAUGGGAUUGCUUUUGUACCAGGCACAGAGAAGUGGCCUGCUUCACAACGAGGAACGCUUACCGAGGGAGCGUUGGCAGGAGCUGAACAACUAUUUUGGCAAAACUAAAUUGAAAAUUGAUUUUGGAAAGCCACUUUUGGACAUCAACGAAUACCUCAAGAAACCAAACAUACAAGAUGGGCCUUUGGCAGUGCUCAAUCGCAAAGAACCAAAGUAAUUUUUUUGUUCAGUUUUAUUGUUUGUUCCAACUUCCAUAGUAAAACAGGACUUCAUAAAUAUGUGCUCAUAAAUCGAUGCUGUGUGACAUGUCAAUAAAGAAUGGAUUACUUGCUCGUA